AUGACUAUUAAUAAAUAUAAUAUUUCAUCAGGUCCAACUCAUGAUGAUAUAACGUAUGCAUCUAUUGCUCGUGCAUUUGAUCUUCAAUUAAAUUAUCAUCAACCGACAAUGGACCGAAUGAAAGAAUUUAUAAAAAAUACACCUCAACUGAAAGUGUUUAGGAAUGAACCCAAAGAAGUUAUGGAAGCAAGUAAACGAAUGACAUUAUUUCCACAACCAUCAUUAGUUGUUUAUCCUAACGAAAAGCUUUGGGUUCCAAUAGUUAUUGUUAAUAACAAUGUUCAUAUUUUACCCGGUAUUCCAAGUUUAUUCAGAGGAUUAUUAUCAGGAUAUCGCAAGUAUCUUAAAGGAAGAGGAAAAAUAUUUGUGAGAAGGUUCAUUAAAACCUAUCAACCCGAAUCAUUUAUCGCACCAAUUUUAACCAAAUAUCAAGAGAAAUUAAAAGAUUUUGGAAUAAAAAUUGGUAGUUAUCCAAAAUUGACUAGGGAUAAGGCUUGGGUUGUAGUUAGUCUUUUGGCUAGAGAAACCAGUCCACAAGUUGUAGAAAAAAUUGAACAGGCAGCAAAAGAAAUAGCAGAAAAAAUUGAUGGUUUAAUUAUUGAAGAUUCAGAAGGUGAAAUUACCGGAUUUGAAAAAACUAAUAAGAUUA